GUCCAUUCUCUGAUAAGAACUAGGUUAUAAUUCCCACAAUGCACUAUACCAGUUUUCACUGUUAAGGAAGGGGUACAGUGAUUGUAAUGCAGCAAGUCGUGUGGUGUACUUAGUUGUUUGUAUACACAUCAUCCAUACAUAUCCCCUAGGCAAUCUUUCGCAGACGGUUCAGCUUUUUGUUGGAAUAUACCACGGCAGACAUGGAGAUCGGGACAGAAAUCAGCAAGAAAAUACGGGCUGCUAUCAAAGGAAAACUGCAGGAGCUCGGCGCUUAUGUUGAUGAAGAACUUCCUGACUACAUAAUGGUUAUGGUGGCUAACAAGAAAAAUGCGCAACAAAUGGCAGAUGACCUGUCCCUUUUCCUUGGAAACAACACAAUCAAGUUCACAGUAUGGUUACAUGGUGUCUUGGAAAAACUUAGAUCAGUCGCUGUUGAGCCGACAUCAAUCAGGCCGCAGCUCGACUCAGACACAAGUGCCCCGGUCUCCAAAAGCCGAGACGGUGAGCGGAGGGGCGAGGACUCUAGAGCCCUGGCUGUCUCCAGCUCGCGCUCCGAUAGGACAGAAGCUCGCGUCUCCAGCUCUGCAUAUGACGGCCAAAGCAGGCGAGGGUCUUCAGACAGGAAUGCUUCGAGACUCACCUCCGCAGUCAAGCCCCUGAUGGAGCCCCACUCCGCUGAAGCCAUCAUAGACAUCAAGCCGGACCUGGACGACGACCUCAUCGCCGAAGUCCACGCCGAGACAAGUGUCACUUCCGGCCGGCCCCAACGUGUCACCUCGGGACGCUCGGCGGCCGAACCCCACAGAUCACGGGUGCCGCCGGGGGCCUCCUCACGUAGCUACAGGCCCUCGGAGGACCGCCUGAGCUCAGCCUAUGGCCGCAGUUCCAGGAGCAGCGGGAACAGCACCAGGGAGGAGAUGCACCGGAAGCGGAAGGCCCCUGUGGCAAGUUCUGUGGUCCGUGUGCAUAGAGGAGCCAACGAGGGCCAGGACAGCGACGAUGUGGAUGACGAUGAUGAUGAUGACGAGGAGGUGUACGGCUCGAGGAGCGGCGUCUCCAGCAGAGUAUCCCUUCCAUCCAAACCAGAGCGCAAGCCCUCUCUUCCACCAGCCAAGCAGGCCAACAAAAACUUGAUCUUGAAGGCGAUCUCAGACGCACAGCAGUCUAUUUCAAAGACGACUAGUUACACAACAAGCCACGCAACAAGCCGCACAACAGGCCCACGGAGGCAGACGGUCCCAGUCGCCCCACGCACCCGUCCCAGCAGCGAGGAGAUGAAGAGCGCCAUCCGCUUCGUCCAGGAGCAGCUGCAGGGACUCAUCCCACCAGAGGCACAGCUCGCUGCUUCUGCAGCGUCUGUUCUCUCAGGUCAGUCCAGGUCGCUGUCCUCACGGCUCCAGGUGGAGGAGGUGCCGGAGGAGGAGGAGCCGCCCCAGCAGCCAGACUACGAGACCCAGCUGUGUGACAUGAACAGACUGAAGGCCUUCGACACGCGUUCCUUCAUCGUGAAGCGACCGGAGCCGGAGGAGACGCCCUCAGUCAGGAGCCGCUUGGGCACCUCAGUUCAGCUGCAGGAGGUGCCGUCCACUGCAGCCACCACAGCUGCCGCCACCCCCACCACCCCUCUCCGCAUGGUCCAGCCCAGGGAGCGACCUGAGGCCGCCCCGGCGAGUCCUAAGUUCAUCGUGACGCUGGACGGGGUACCCAGCCCGCUGGCCAGCCGGGGCGACCAGGACAUGGACGUGGACGACAGCGAGGGGCCGAGAGUGGACAGGGCAGCCGACCCACCUGGCCUGGCACUGAAGAUCCGAGAGCGACUCGGUGCCCACCAGCGACUACAGAAGGUCGUCAGCUUUUCAGACGAGGAGGAUAUGGAUGCGGAGGACAGUGACAUGAUGGAUCAAGAGCCCGUCCCUGUGAAGCGACAGAAAGUUCUGGAACGCUGCAAGUUUUGGCCAGUCUGUAAAAGUGGGGAUGAUUGUGUGUACCACCAUCCCACCGCCCAGUGCAAAACCUUCCCUAAUUGCAAGUUUGGUGACAAGUGCCUGUUCGUCCACCCCAACUGUAAAUUUGAUGCCAAGUGUAAGAAACCGGACUGCCCAUUCACGCACGUUAGCCGCAGAGGAGCACCCAACCUGCCUCGACCAGUGGCAGCAGUAGCUGCAGCACCGCCCCCCACCAUUUGCCGCUUCUUCCCAGACUGCAAGAAGAUGGACUGUCCCUUUUAUCAUCCAAAGCCUUGCAGGUUUGCUGGCCAGUGCAAACGCCAAGGAUGCAGCUUCUACCAUCCCUCGACCUCAGUGCCCCCGCGACAUGCUCUGAAGUGGACGAAGACUCAGAGCAGUUAAGAAGAAUCUCACCUACAGAAGAUUAUUGUUGGCAUGACCUGAUAUUUGAAUUUGUUUGGUUCAAUAGAUUGUUCAGUAGUUUUAGUUGACUUGAACUUUGUCUUGACAUGAUUUUGUUUGAACAGAUUUUUAAAAAAUUAUUUGAUUAUAGAAUUUGUUUUGUAAAGCUCUGCACAUAUUUUCGGAAUGUUGUUUGUGCAGUAAAGCAUUCUACAGUA